AUGGAGAAAGGGGUGCCCUGCAGCAAAUGUACGCACAGCAAACGACACUGUUUUACAUCGAAACCACGGAAGCUGGACCGGGCUCAGAGAAAACCACAAGAUAAUUUGUCGCUAGUUCACGAUUUAGCCCCGAAAGCCGAUGGCAUUGUGAGCUUGAACAAUAGCGCUACAGAACAUGGUGAUAUUCGCGGUUCCGAUGUUUCUCGAUGCUCUCUCAACAAACGCAAAUGCCAAACGCCCAUCACCAGAGAAUAUCUCAGCUCAUAUCUUCGAGCCCAGGAGAAACCUUGGUUGACACUACCAGGCUUCAUUGAGUCUCCAGCCCUGCAUUUGGACCAAUCCACUCUAGAAUACCUGGCUCAACAAGGAGCUUUUAACCUUCCGCCUGAGGGCAUACGAAACGAAUUCCUGAAAUGCUUUGUCGACUAUGUUCAGCCUUUUGGACCAGUUCUGGAUGUUCGAGCAUUUGUCCGCGCAAUUCAGCAGAAUGACCCCUAUAACCCAAUUAGCCUGUCGCUACUAUGGGCAGUGGUAUUUGCCGCAAGUUCAUUCAUUGAUAUAGAUCACUUGCGUUUGCUCGGGUUCAACACUCGCAGAUCUGCUAGGCAGCAUCUGUAUCGCCUAGUGAAGCUUUUAUACAGCUUCGACGUGGCAGGUGGGCCAACAGCUCGCCUUCAAAUAGCGUUACUUUUGACCUUCGGCUACGAGACGCCAGAUGAUCUCCAUGACGCUUGGUACUGGCUUGGGGUCGCAAUCACAUGGGCAAAGACGCUCGGUGCCCACUGUGUGAGCAGCGGCGGUCAACCUAGAAACCCCAGAAAUAAUUUGUUGAGGCGUUUAUGGUGGAGUUGCUGGGUUCGGGACAGGAUCAUUACAAUCGGCCUACGCAGACCUAUGCAUAUCAAGACGGGAGUCCCAGAAUUGGACCUUGACGAUUUUGACCUUGCUCCCACUUCACAAGACAUCACAAAGACGCUUGGGUUGCCGCGCUCGGUCAAGGACUCAAAUACAAUCACAAAGUUGGCACGAAUAACUCUUGCACUUGGAUCAUUGUGCGAGUAUAUUGGUGACAUAUUCAAUGGGUUGUUCUUGGAAGGCACCGGAUCUGCCAAACCAAAACAGGAAGCCGAACACUCUCAGUGCAAAUGGCACUCUCUGACUACGGAUAUUAACUGGAUCUCUCAAAUGAACAAGCGCUUGGAGGACUGGCUCAGUCGUACUGCACAGGAAGUCCAACUUUUUGCACCUGGAAGCCUCGAAGUGAUAAAUGAUGAAGAAGAUUCUUCUAUUUUGAUUGUUCACAGAGCCAUGCUUGUAUGUCUUUAUUACACGAUAAGCACCACGCUUUACCGGUCACAGUUCCUAGAUGCACGUUCCGCGGCCAUACGGUUGUCAGCACUACAGGAGCUCUCGCUACUCAAAGUACAAGUCGCCGCAGAUCGAGUUUUCCGAGUGUACAUGAAUUUGAAGGAGCGUGCUCUGAUCCAAUUCCUACCACAUAUGGGUGUGGUGUGUCUUAUCCCAGCUACGCUGGCCCACUUGCUGGAAUCGCAGACGAACGAUCGAACAGCCCGUAAGAUGAGUUUGCAAAAAGCACAAUCCUGUGUCGACAUCUUGCAUGAGUUAAGCCAGACAUAUGCUUCUGCUGAGUACGCCAUUCUGAAUUUGAUGAUUGCGAAGGGUCGAAUCUGUGGCUCCCUGGAUGUGUCUGACAAGGAAGAAGAGCCUGGAAUAACUCAACCCCAGAUAGUAUCUUCUUUACUCCAGUCUAUGACAAUGUCAACGGAAGAACGCCACCUCCUAUCAUACUGGCUACUCGAUACCGACAUCAACAGCUUCAGCCAAAUUGAAAGCAGUGAUAUGUUUAAUCUGGCCUUACUAUACGGCUGUAACCAAGAACGAUGUGGGGGCAAACGCGAACACUCCGGGCAAGUGAAUUCGAGGGUUUUACAGAAUAAUCCCGUUGAAAACUUACCUGCUCUCGCACCACCUUCGAGCUCUCUGGUAGAACCCUUUGGCUGGGGACAAAACUCGCAGAGCUUUGCGGAACAUUAUUGUGAUAGUUCACUAACUCCCACCAAUUCCUUUGGUACUCUGGAGAUCCCCUCCAAUAUUUUUACCAUUGAUACAACAGAAGAAGAUACUUUGAAUUUUGAUAUGGUAUUGGACAAAACAUGUAUGCAGAAUGGUUUGAUAAGUAGCUCCGAGGAUUGGAGGACGAAGUCACCUUUUCUUGAGUCUAAUCUCAACGAAUUGGCCGAGGUGUUUGAUUUUAACUUGGCAUGCCAAUAA